ACAACGUCUCUGCUUUUGCGGACACUGGCGAACAUGGAAAUACAGCAGAGCAGCUUCCGAUAGCGAACCCAUUACGGGCCGCGGCCCGGAUCCCAAGCCGUAGCCCACCGGCCACCCACCUCUGAGUCCAGUUAUAACGGAAACAAGGCCACGGGAACAAGCCCACGAGGCCCAACAAUGUCUUGAGGGAGGGGAGGAAGUGACUAAGAGUUUGUCAUCGGGCAAAAGGGCUCAUUUUCCCUUGCUGGCUCGCGGCUGAUGGGAGGCCGAACUCAAUCCCAAUACGAAACGAUGUCCCCUCACGGUGAGAGCCUAGAUAUCCCGGUUUGGUCCUCCAUGACGGGGGGAAGAGCCCAAGUCAGCAGCAACCCCCCACGUUGGCAGAUUCCGCUCCUUUCGGGUCGGACGUGAAUCGUUCUGAACCCCCUCUGGAACCUACCUAACCCCCUCUGACGGAGGAGCCUACGCAAACUCCCGAGCCCGAGGUUAUGCCGUCCAACAGUCGAGAGAGCCGCCCCUCUCUGCCGGCUUCUUCGAGAAACGUUCGAGCCAACCUUAACAUCCACCCGACGCGGCCCAAGGCGGCCCAAGACGGCCCAAAGGGCGGAGACAUCCAUGGGAGGAGGAGGCCUGAGUACUACAUUCGUACUACCUGCGAUGGGAGCCAUGGCCGCGUUCGGGACCGUUCUCUGGAGAGUUCCAACACGCAUCGGAUGCGAGCCGCGACGCGUUCCAACUUAGAGCACACCAACCACAGAGAGAGACACACACACCCACCCACAACCCACCGAGAGGAACUCCGCUCCUCCUGGCCCGUGUUAGCACACGGGUGCGCGACGUCGACGUCGACCUUCCAGAUGUUUAGAUUUUACUAUUGGCCAAGUCGUAUAAAAUAAACAUACGCAAGAAACACGACGGCAACGAUCCCAAAACACCCCUGGCGCCCCAUCCCCCAUUUAGCUACUAGUCAUUCACGCGCGCGCGUCCGAAAAGGACAGACGCGGGCCAGAUGUCGCCCCAUCGUAUCAUCGUCCAAACGCCUUUCCAAAUCCUGAUGGCAAUGCCCCCCCUCCCCAUCCAAACAACCAUGGAAAAAAGCUCCCCACGGACGGGCGACGGGGGUCCCCUUACCUGACCUCCACUUCGACU